CUCUGGAGUCUUUUCCGCCGCAGCGACUCUGCCUCCGCCUGGAGUCCCUCCGCAGCAGCCCUGCCCGCGGGCCCGGGAGAGCCGCCCGAUGCCCAGCGCGGGGCUUCUUCUAAACGCCCCUACCUGGUGGCUAAUGACAAUUUUUUCAGUGCAACAAAUCCAUGGGGACAAAUAUUCAUAUAUUGGUCCAUGUGGAGGACAAGAUUGUUCAGUUUGCCAGUGCUUUCCUGUAAAAGGAUCAAGAGGUCAGCCUGGUCACUUAGGUGCUCAAGGUCCAAUUGGAUCUUUGGGAUGUACAGGGCCAGAUGGUUUGCAAGGAGAGAAAGGAGAGAGAGGUGAGAAUGGGCUGCCUGGGCCCGCUGGAGAAAAGGGUGAUAAGGGCCCAACAGGAGUCCCAGGAUUUCCUGGUUUAGAUGGUGUGCCUGGAUAUCCUGGAGUUGAAGGGUCCAGGGGCAAACCUGGCUUGGAUGGCUGCAAUGGUUCAAGAGGAGAUCCUGGAUUUCCAGGAGAGAGAGGGUGUAUUGGACCAAGAGGCUCAUUUGGUGUUCUUGGGCAAAAAGGAGAAAAAGGAAACUCUGCAUAUAUUUCAGAUUUCAUUAGAGGUGCUCCAGGACCAAGAGGUGAACCAGGCCCCCCUGGCACACCUGGAGCUAGGGGGCUAAGGGGCCCACAUGGAUUGCCAGGUCAACCAGGCUUGCAGGGAGCUCCGGGCCUUCCUGGUUUGCAAGGUGAACAGGGCAAUCCAGGUACUGGAGUGGAUGGACAAAAGGGGGAGCUGGGUGAUGUUGGACCUCCUGGAUCUCCAGGACAGCCAUUGUUGGUUGGGCCGCCUGAUUUUUUCCUGGUUAAAGGAGAAAAGGGUGUAAAAGGAAUGCCUGGGUUGGUAGGACCCAAAGGAUCACAUGGGCCCAAAGGUGCACCUGGAAAUGGAGAGAAGGGUGAAAAAGGUAUUCCUGGAGACCCUGGAAUGCAGGGUAGCCCUGGUUCUUGUGGAUCUCUAGGUUUUCCAGGAAUAAAGGGGGCAAGUGGAGUUCCUGGUGUUCCUGGUCAGGCUGGUUAUGCUGGUCUAAAGGGGGAUCGUGGAGAACGAGGGCAACCAGGCCUGCCUGGAGUUUUUGGAACACCACCUGUUGCUAUGAAAGGUUCUCGAGGGGAUCCUGGAUUACCAGGUCCUUCUGGAGAUGAUGGGUUGAUUGGACUAACUGGUCCUCCAGGCCCAUCAGGAAGACCUGGUGAAGAUGGAACAAGCCUCCCUGGUCUGCCAGGAGCAUGUGGGCAACAAGGUCCUAAAGGUUCGCACGGGGAUCCUGGUCUCCCUGGAACUGCUGAAUCAACUCCAGGAAGACCAGGGUCUCCAGGAGCACCAGGAUUACCAGGAGCACCAGGAAGACAGGGUUUGCCUGGACCACCUGGUAUAGUUUGUCAUGGCAGAGGUCUCCGUGGACAUCAAGGAAUAAAAGGCCAAAUGGGACCCCUGGGAAGAAGAGGUGAAAAAGGCGAAAAAGGGAAUCAUGGCCACUGUUCAUGUGACCUUGGUUCUGCUGGCCCACCUGGUACACAAGGGCCACCUGGUCGUCAAGGAAGGAAAGGACAGAUGGGAUUUCCUGGAAGCUAUGGAGAAAAGGGUGAUCCAGGUUUCUCUGGCACAAUAGGAUCAACAGGACUCCCAGGCAAGCCUGGUUCUUCUGGAAUAGCUGGUGAAAAAGGAGAAAAGGGUGACCUGGCCAUAGUGAAAAUCAAAGGAAUAAAAGGAAAAAGAGGCCCUCUAGGGGUUCCAGGACUUACAGGCCAAAAAGGUACUGCUGGCAGAGAUGGAGAUCCAGGAUUGCCUGGAGAGAGAGGAAUUCAAGGUGAUGGUGGAUCAGCACUGCCAGGUGAUAAAGGAUUUCUUGGGGCACCAGGACUUCCUGGUUCAAGAGGGCCUAUGGGACCAUCAGGUUUGGGAUUUCCUGGCCCACAGGGAAUCAGGGGUCAUCCUGGAGACCCAGGAAGUACUGGCAUAAGUGGACCACCUGGUCUAAAGGGUCAAAGAGGUGACAUCCACUGUUAUGUUCCACCAUAUCCUGGAAGUCCAGGCCCUCCAGGUUUUCAAGGGGCUCAAGGACCAAAGGGAUUAAGAGGACCCCCUGGUCCUCCUGGGCCAAAUGGCUUUGAUGGGCAAAAGGGCCAACGAGGCAAACCAGGAACAUCAGGAGAUAUAGGGCCAGAUGGCUUUCGAGGCAAUCCUGGUGAUCCAGGUGAUGAAGGUGAAAGAGGUUCUUCCCCUGAUGGUGCCCCAGGUUUCCCUGGCAGUCCUGGACUUUCAGGUCAGAAAGGUGUUCCAGGUGAUACCAGUUAUGGUCUUCCAGGAAUUCCAGGCCACAGAGGAUUGCCAGGAUUACCUGGUUUACAAGGAAUACGAGGUGAAUCAGGCACUCCUGGGCCACAAGGACAGUCUGGCAGACCAGGAUUUCCAGGUGCUACAGGUCUGAGAGGCAGAAAAGGUGAAAUAGGAGCUCCAGGUUCACCCGGUCAGCCAUGUGAUAAAGGCUUACAAGGGCCACCAGGACAGCUAGGAGUUCUUGGACAGCGAGGCCCUCCAGGCUUACCAGGUUUUAAAGGUCAGAAAGGAGACAUGGGCCCACCAGGGCCAGCUGGAAUGAAAGGCCUACCAGGAUCUCCUGGUGUACCAGGGUCCCCUGGUCCUCCAGGCCCUCGAGGAUAUCCAGGGCUUCCUGGGAGCAAUGGAUUACCUGGACUCCCAGGCCAACGAGGUAGCAAAGGCAUCCAAGGCAUCCAAGGUUUCCCAGGAAUCUCAGGAAAAGGCGGACAGACAGGAAUCCCGGGUGGACCUGGUGAACAAGGAGAAAUGGGCUCAAGGGGGCCUUCUGGAGAAUGUGGGGAUGGAGGGCAAAAAGGUGAAAGAGGUGCUCAAGGAGACAGUGGCUUCAUUACCUUAUGGCUGGAAAAAGGACAAAAGGGGGAACAAGGGCUUCCUGGUGCGGCUGGGUUUCCAGGGGAAACAGGUGAAAAAGGCAGUCUUGGAAUCAGAGGGAUCCCAGGAUUUCCAGGCAAAGAUGGGCUCCCAGGAACUCAGAAGGGUGAACCUGGGGAUCGUGGGCAGAUUGGGUUUCCAGGGCUGCCAGGCUCCCCAGGAUUGGGAGGUUUAAGAGGAAUUACUGGUUUUCAAGGACAACCAGGUGCCCAGGGUGAGCGAGGUUUACCAGGAAUUCCUGGAUAUCCAGGCCGUGAUGGUGCAAAAGGACUUAAAGGUAACAGAGGUGACUCGGGCAGUCAAUAUGGUCCACCUGGUCAAAGAGGUCCUCCAGGAGAUCGUGGAUCACCAGGACCCUGUGGAUUCCCAGGAGAGCAAGGUUUACCAGGUUUCCAAGGGGAACCUGGAAGACAAGGACCCAAGGGGAUGCCUGGAUCCCCAGGAGCAAAAGGCUUUCCAGGUGCUAUAUGUGAUUUGGGAUUGCCAGGAGUUCCAGGUGGACAAGGCAAUACCGGGCCUUUAGGAGCUGCAGGAUUGCCAGGAUCACCUGGUCCCCUAGGCAGGAAAGGUUUAUCAGGGUUGCCUGGAUUAGAUGGCUUGAAUGGACUGCAAGGUCAAAAGGGCUCACCAGGAGAUCCAGGUAAAAGUGAAAUAGGGCCUCCAGGAUACACAGGGGCCCCUGGACCAAAAGGAGACAAGGGUGAACCUGGACAGCCAGGAAUUUCUCUUCCAGGACCUCCUGGAGACACGGGUUUGCCAGGACACCCAGGUAGAACAGGAGAUACCGGGCCUGCAGGAUCUGUGGGAAGAUCUCCUGAAACUGCAGCUUCUGGUCCUCCGGGUGAUCAGGGGCCACCUGGCUCACAUGGCAUCAGAGGCCUGCCUGGCAAUCCUGGCCCUCCUGGAAAGACUAUCUUUGUGAAAGGCGAUCCGGGGGAAUUUGGUGUUCCAGGUGCACCCGGUAUUCCUGGCCAGUCAGGGCAGCAAGGAGCCAAAGGCUUUCCAGGAAAUCAAGGAAGAAGAGGCCUGAAAGGUCCGACGGGAAGCCCUGGCCCCCAGGGUCCCCCUGGCCCUGUUGGGCCAUCUGGGGAUCGAGGUUUUCAAGGACAACCUGGCCCUCGAGGUCCUGAAGGUGACCCUGGUGAACCAGGAAAAACAGAACACUCCCCAUGUCCCAAGACACCAGGUCCUCGUGGAGUAAUAGGACAAAGAGGAGCUGAAGGGUCUGUAGGAUUUCCAGGGCCAAUAGGUUACCCUGGACCCCCAGGAAGUAAAGGUGAAGAAGGGUUGUUUGGCUUGCCAGGUCAAGAUGGCUCACCUGGUCCACCAGGACCCUCAGGUGACCAAGGUGUCAUAGGAGAACGAGGAUACACUGGUCCAGAAGGUCCACCUGGCCAAGCCGGAAUCCCAGGACCACCAGCGCCUGAAACGAGAGCUGCUAGUGGGUUCCUGCUCAUUCUUCACAGUCAGUCAGAUAAAGAACCAUUUUGUCCUGAGGGAAUGCCAAGAUUGUGGACAGGAUAUAGUCUGCUAUAUCUGGAAGGACAGGAGAAAGCUCAUGAUCAAGAUCUUGGCCUGGCAGGAUCCUGUCUUCCUGUAUUCAACACCAUGCCGUUUGUCUUCUGCAACAUCCACCAAGUUUGUAACUAUGCCAGUCGAAAUGAUAAGUCCUACUGGCUGUCAGCUGCUGCUCCUUUACCAAUGAUGCCUCUCUCUGAAGAUGAAAUACAACCCUACAUUAGCAGAUGUGCUGUAUGUGAGGCUUCAGCCCAAGCUGUAGCAGUCCAUAGCCAAGAUCAGUCCAUUCCCCCAUGCCCAUUGAACUGGAGAAGUCUUUGGAUAGGCUAUUCUUUUUUAAUGCACACUGGGUCUGGAGAUCAGGGAGGCGGACAGUCUCUUAUGUCAACUGGAAGUUGCCUUGAAGACUUUAGAUCAGCACCAUUCAUCGAAUGCCAGGGUCAGCGGGGAACAUGUCAAUUUUUUGCUAAUGAAUAUAGCUUCUGGUUAACAAUCGUCAGGCCAGAAUUGCAGUUUGUCUCUGCGUCUCUGUCAGAAACCCUUAAAGACGGGCAUGAACAGCGCAAAAAAAUUAGCAGAUGUCAGGUCUGCAUGAAGCAUGGGUAAAAAAGGAAAACAAAUCUGAGGGGUUAUGCUGAGGGUCUUGCCAGGGGAAGAAGCAAAUUGUGCUAAAGAUUUAAAUGGUGCUCACUGUCCGAUUUCAGUUGAAGUUGUGCACAGCUCUAUUCCAUCUGUGUAAAAGUUGGCUGCCUGUAUAGUACUGAAAGAUACAAACGGUGUAUUAUAGUUAUAUGCACACAUACACAAGCAUAUGAAUAGUGAAACCUAGUGUAAGUGACCGACCAAAGAAACAGCAACAUUAAGUUCUAUUACAUUGCGUUCACCACCCUAGUACACAGGUGACAAGUACAGUUUGGUCUUACACUGAAGGUAUAAUCAAGUUGAACUGGAAACCUUAGGAAACUUUAAAAUGAGCGCUCACAAUAGCAGGUUUCCUGUUGAUUCUAUGUGCAUCUCUCUCUGAGAUGUAUAAACGUAGUUGUGUCCAAACAAUUUCUUAUAUAUUUGGUUGAAUUUACACUCAUACAUUCUAUUUUUUUGGUGUGUGGGGGGGGAAUGUGAUUUUGUUGCAAACUUAUGCUAGCACAUAGUAAAAACAAAGAGAUCAAUGACCAUUUUACUAGUUACAGACUGCAAAAUUAAUUUGCUAAUGAAAUUUCAUAAGCAAUGAAAAGCAAAAACUUGUCAAAAUAAGCUAACGGUUGAUUGUUACGCAAGAAAAUAAACCAGAUAAUGAAGGCAUAAGAUGCUGCUUAUAUUUUCUUUGCAAUUCAUUUCUCAGCAUAUUUAAAUGAAAAUGUAAAGCCGUAAUCCAUAUAGCUGAAGACAACAAACGGUUGUCAAUUCUAUUUAAAAAGAAAAGUGAAACCUCCACCACAGGGGCCUGUAGUAACAGAUCUUUAAAGAUUACUUUAUACUGUUGAAAAUUAUUUAAAAAAUGGCAAGCUAAAACACUAGCCACAUUUUCAACAAGUUGAAAACCCACAAGUCUUUUACCUAGCUGUAAAAGAAUAGAAAUGUCCAUUAUAGUAAAUGCCUGUUUGAAUAGCACUAAAACUACUGAAAAACUUGUUCACAAUAGAGGGAAAAUCCAUUCCGGCGCAAAGAGCCCACAAAGGAUCUAUAUUGGAGCUGGUUUUGUCAGAAUUUGCCAAAAUGGAAACAUUUCUUGGAGACUAUUUGAGAUCGACAGUGUUCCAAUAGAACCCUGCCUGCCAAGGAAGCCUGCCUGGUUUCCUGCCAACUUGUCCAUCUGGCUCUGCAACAACUCGCGCUACCAGGAUUUGUGGCUCCAGGGUAAAAUGUCAAGAGACUUUGCACUGGAGCCCGGGCUCCAUUUCAUUUCAUGGAGAAUUUUGAAAUGUUGGGUGAUCCUAACUGGAAUGAAACCAAAUUUCAAAAUAUCAAAAUCCUCUGUGAAACAGAGCUACCUUUUUCUGCCCAGUUCUACUCUAUACACCACUUAAAUGAGGUUAGAAUCUACUUCUGUGGUAAAAUUCACAGCACUGAGAAACAGACUUUGAUUCAGAGGAUUUUCAAACAGACUAAUUACAAAGAUAUAUCACUUUAAAGCCAAUAGCAGUGUAACCAGCCACCCUGGGAGUUGAGCUCAUGGCCUCUAAAUUAGGCUCCGAAAGGGAGGGCAAAGUAUUGGCUCAAUCUCCGUCAAAGGAAAACAAAACAGUCAAGAGCAGUUCCUUUCAGUCCCAGAAAACAAUUGCAGGGCAAUUUCUGUCUGCCUCAUCCAACUGCAUACCCUUCAGCCAAACCCAAACCUGUACUGCAUUUGAUUACCAUGUCUGGGUGUCAUCUUAUCCCUCCUCUUUUCCAGACAGGAUCUGGGUGUUUCCUGGGUUAUGAAGAGAACUGCUUCUCUUCCCCCCCUCCAUUUCUGGGAACAUUUGCUCCCCUUUUAUGACUUUCUCUGCUUAGCAGGCACAGCUAUCAAUUCCACCUCCCAACAGUUGAACAAUCCACAGCUGACCACUUUUUUUUUUCCAGGCCAUUCUUGAGAGAGAGUUUCCACCAUUUUGCCCAGUGAAGGACUUUAACCCCAUCCUACCUUACACAGACAUAGGUCGCAGGUACCCAGUCCAAGGGAGUUUGAAUGAGUAACAGCUGAGAGCUUGAUGCUGCAAGGUGCUGAGCAUGUCAGGGUCCUCAGGAUUUGGUCCAUGAUGAAGACACACAGAGGUUCACACACCAUGGUUCACACACCAUGAACACAUACCACUUAAACAGUGGAAAGCACAUCCUAGAUGUGAAAAAAAGAUCCUGGGUGUGAUUUUCAAAAGCCAUUUAAGAAGUUAGCUGUCAACUUCCAUGCAUCUUCCAUGGGAAUUGCUCACCUAAUUCCCUUAGGUGUUUUGGAAAAUCCCACCCCAUGUUCUUGCAAAUAAUGACACUUUCCCUUAUGUGCAUAACACCUCCUCUGUCGUGCACCGGUUGUCCCGUCAUAUGCUUAGAUUGUAAACUCUUUGACCAAUACCUCUAAAAAUACUGUGAUGGAAACUGCACAUUCUUAGCCACAACAAUAAUGCUUUGUAUUCCCCAAAGGAAAAAGUCAUUCACUUCAACAAAGUGUUAACAUCAUCAAUCUCCGUUCAUGUUUCUUCACGUAGACACCCUGAAAAUUCAUUUCAUUCCAGCAACAGUAAAAUGGGAACUCAAAUGCUAGGAACUGACAGGAUUUUCUAACUAAUUGCUAAUGAAAGAAAACUGUAUUAAGAUCUUGACUUUCCAGUUUAAGACAGCAGACCAAAGAACAACUGUUCUGUAUACUGAUCAGUAAUUUCAACAGUCUUUAGAAUAUUUUUCCAUGUGCAGUGUAUACCAGAAGUUCACAACUGUGGAUAAGAAAUAGAACAGAUGGAAACCUCCUAGUACCCCAACAAAAAGAUUGAGAUAGCUUCUACUGAUAUGGCUCUCAGAGCAGUGCUUUUGAUUCUGGAUAAAUUAUUUACUGAACAGGGCACAGAUUGUGAGGAUUAUUAAAACAAAGUUGCAUUACUAUGCAAUGGAUCUUGUGCGGGAUUUUGUCUUUUUUAUGUUGCUUACUAAAAUCAUUCAUAUAUUACACAGCUAACCUUACAGCCUUUUGCAGUUUUGCAUUGUGGAAGGCAGAUUUGUUUUCAUUUAGGAUAGUGGAGAUGGUUAAAAUUCCCAACGGGGAGAGAGUAAUAAAAUUCUGCAUGGAGCUGAGGAAAUCUACAUCACAAUGUUUACUCUGAGACAGUCACUACUGUAAUAUGUCAGGACUCCUGCACACUGAAUUUAUUGAGCUAAAUCCCAAAGCGGUUUUGAUGGAAUUUCUUCCAUUUAUAUAAAAGUGUUGUUUCACUGUUUACAUCAGCACUGAAUUUGGCUCAUUAAGAGCAGCAUGAACCAUGUGUUAGCUGGAACAGAAAAAAAUACAUGGGCAUCUUCAGGCAUACAUUCAACAGAGAACUCUCUGCUUAAAUGUUAUUUGACACAUUUGAGCUAAUUCAGAAAUUAGCAAAAAAUCUGAGAUACUCAAAUUCCAUCCUCAGUAACAUUAUGUAAAUUUGAGAUCUUUGUCUGGUCUAUGGAGACAUGUAUGGCAUACACUCAGCCAGAUGCUAUACGUGUGGCCAGAUUUUCCAAACGGUUUAGCCCGCUGCAAUCCAGGAACUGUGCACUUGUGAAAUCAGCACCUGUAUUGCUUUCACUUGUGCAGAUACACCGUGGACAUUAACUUUCAUUUUAUAAGCAAUCCAAGUUAGUAUAAAAGUUACCAUUGUACAUUUGAAAUAUUUUAUUUAACAGACACUGAGAAAUAUUAAGGCCACAAAGUGAAAUGGACAACUCUGUUUUCUUUGUCAAAUGCUGAGUCAAGUCAAAAUGUAAACAGGAUAAAGAAAAAGAAAUGAGUUUCAAAAUCCCUUCAGAUUUAAUUCUCUAACAUUACUGACAGAACUAAGGAAAUGUGUGUACUAUAAACAUGUGAAUUUUAACUUGAUCCUUUUCAUUGGUUCCAAACCUCAUGUAUAACAGAAUAUAGCUGAAAGGAACUUGCUGACCUAAAAUGAGACAUGAAUGCAACUUUUUGUGACGUGACAAGACUCGCAUACAAAUGAAAGGCAGGUCACAGUCUAGUUUUUCAACUAAGGUAUUGCAUAGCCUUGAUAGCGCAUGGUAUACACGUCACAAAAUGUUGUAAAGACAGAGCUUUGUUACACUCUGAAAAGCAAAUGGCGCUUGUCUGUAUAGGUGGCAUUAUGGCCUUCAAGGACUGGUUACUGGUCAGCAAAUCUGUUCUGUGUACAAGUU